AUGAGAGUCCAAGGCAAAGUAUUCAAGCAAGGCAAGAGCUACCUUACCUACUGGAUGAAACAGCAUGUCUUCUUUAUAGCUACUAGACUUGCCCACGUGGUGCGCCAAAUCAUUGCUGCAAAAAGCAGAGCUUCUGGUAGGUUGCAUACUAUUGUCCACCACACUAGUGGUGAAGUUGACGCCGGAUUAUGGUUGAUGUGUUAG